AUGGGUGCCUCCAGCUCCUGGGCUCUGGGACUCCUCCACUUCUCCUCAUCCCGGGUCCCCCGGCAGCUGCGGUCCACCUGGCUCGGCGUCGCCGCCGCGCUGGGACUGGCCGUGGUGGCGCUGGGGACCGUGGCCUGGCGUCGCAGGCGUCCCCGGCGCAAGCGGCUGCAGCAGGUGGGGACGGUGGCGCAGCUCUGGAUCUACCCGAUCAAGUCCUGUAAGGGGGUGUCGGUGAGCGAGGCGGAGUGCACAGACAUGGGGCUGCGCUGCGGCCACCUGCGUGACAGGUUUUGGCUUGUGGUCAAUGAAGAUGGGAACAUGGUCACUGCCCGGCAGGAACCUCGCUUGGUCCUGAUUUCUCUGACCUGUGACAAUGACACCUUGACUCUCAGUGCUGCCUACACAAAGGACCUGCUGCUGCCCAUCACCCCGCCCAACACAAACCCAUUAGUUCAGUGCAGAGUGCAUGGUCUGGAGGUGCAGGGUAGGGAUUGUGGGGAGGCAGCUGCUCAGUGGAUCACUGACUUCCUGAAGAAUCAGCCCUGUCGCCUGGUGCACUUCGAGCCCCACAUGCGCCCCAGACGUUCCCAGCUGCUGAGGCCUCGAUUUGGGCCCACCGAUCAGGUGGCCUACUCGGAUGUAAGCCCAUUCUUGGUCCUUUCUGAGGCAUCCUUGGAAGAUCUCAAUUCCAGGAUUGAAAAGAGAGUGAAAGCAACUAACUUCAGGCCCAAUAUUGUCAUUUCAGGAUGCGGCGCUCAUGCUGAGGAUUCUUGGAAUGAGCUCCUCAUUGGGGAUGUGGAACUGAAGAGGGUGAUGGCUUGCACCAGGUGCCUUUUAACAACGGUGGAUCCAGACACUGGCAUCAUGGACGGGAAGGAGCCUCUGGAAACACUGAGGAGUUACCGCCUGUGUGACCCUUCGGAACAAUCAGUAUAUGGAAAGCUACCCCUCUUUGGACAGUAUUUUACUCUGGAAAGUUCAGGGACAGUCAAAGUGGGAGACCCCGUGUACCUUGUGAGCCAGUAAUGGGAACUGCAUGAUCUGGACCAGCAGCUGUUCCUUAGAAACAUCUUGGAAGCUGACAUCACUGGAAAUGGUUCUCUGCCUUUUCUUUGGGUCUAUGUUUCCAAGUUUUCCUCUUUCAGAUUUCCUUCUGUCUCAGUGUUUCCUGGGUCCAGCACACAAAGCAGAGGAACCCAGCCUUGCAAACUUAGCAGGACUCUGUCGAGUUUCUUGAAGAAUGAAGGGAUUAUCAGAAUGCUCUGUUUAUAAUUAUGGAGUAAUUUUUCUACUUCUGCAUUCGCUUGCCAAGGCAGCAGAUGUCCAUCAUCUCCCCACCCUUCUUUUGGGAAAGGAAAGAAAACAGGGGGAAGACUGUAUAAGCCAGAAGAAUGUCCCAGAAUGUUUUGCUACCCCUGGACAUCAUGCAUACAAUGGAAAUUAAAUACUUUCCCAAGUAA